UAACUGUCUCUCCAUUUCCUUCCCCAGUCCUACAAGCUGCACCAUUUUAGCCACAUAGCUGGUUGUGCCGAUACUGGACGCGACUUUAGUUUAUUUCUUCCGUUAACUGGCAGCUUCAAGUCAGUUCUUUCACUUUAUGCAGCUACUGAAUAGGAAACCAGCCUCUUAUUUUUCCUUUAAAACCAGUCUCACAAGGAUCCCUACAGAAACAUAGACCCCUGGAGCUAGCUGCUAAAGUUACCCAUACCAGAUUCCUCAGUCCUUUCGCGACCGACGCAGCAUUAACAGAGUCUACAAUCAAAUUUCUCAAAAUGAGUGCUGCUGCAUCUCAAAAAGUGGUCCUGAAAAGCACCACCAAAGUGUCUCUCAAUGAGCGCUUCACUAACAUGCUGAAGAACAAGCAGCCCACUGCGGUAAGCAUUCGAGCCACCAUGCAACAGCAGCAUUUGGCUAGUGCCCGCAAUCGCCGGUUGGCCCAGCAGAUGGAGAACCGCCCCUCAGUCCAAGCAGCUUUAAAUCACAAGCAGAGCCUAAAGCAACGACUUGGUAAGGGUAGCAUCCAAGCCAGACUGGGCCGGCCCGUUGGGGUUAUAACGCGUGGUGGACCUGCUGGGAGCAGAGGCGGCAUCCGGGGAAUGACAAGAGGAGCCUUUAGAGGAGUCAGAGGAGGAAUCAUUCGAGGGGCUUUGUCCCUGAGGGGAAAGCGAAUGCCUACAGGUGGCCCCAUGCGAGGCCGAGGCAUGGCUAACCGUCUGCCGAUGCGUAGAGGAGGCCGUUACCGUGGAGGAGUUGCUGGACGAGGAGGAGUGAUGUUAAGAGGAGGUGGUCGAGGAGGAGCACCCAGGGGCCGUGGUGGACUUCGUGGUCGUGGUGGAUUUGCUGGUCGAGGAGGGCGUGGUCGUGGGCGGGGUAGAGGAAGUGGUCGGCCAGCUGUAACCCGUGAACAGCUGGACAACCAACUGGAUGCUUAUAUGUCAAAGACCAAAGGUCACCUGGACGCAGAGUUGGAUGCCUACAUGGCCCAGGCAGACCCAGACAGCAUGGAGUAAAGGACUGAACUUGAACUGUGUAGUUGAAGUCAGGGGGUGUAGUAUAGCUUUAGAUUGAAACUGCUCACAAAAGGAGUGUCACCUGACCAACAUUAAACUCUGCAAAGUCACCUGUCAAAAGAACCUUUUCAUUGUGGAAUAGUCCUAAUGUCUACACACCUUGAUUCAUCAUUGUUAGCUUUUUUCUUUUAAGUCAAAACUGUUUAAAACUUGUAAAAACUACUGGUUUGUGAUCCAGGAAAUGUCGCAUCCUGUGAAAACCAAUUUUUAAUUAUUUCUGAAAUAGUUUUACUGUUUAUCUGCAUAAGUUCAUUGACUUAUCUUAACACUUGCAUUGAAAAUGUUGUUUAAAUUAUGCAUUACAGUGUAAGAGUUUUAAGAGGUUUUUUUUCCAUUUUAUAUUUGAAAAAUUAUACUGUGGAACAUUUAUAUCCUCCUACAUUUGUUUCAAAAUAAAAACAGUCUCUUUAGGUGUGGUAA